CUCAUAGUUGAGAUUGAUGUCAUAGUAUAAACCACUUCCACUGUAACACUAACUACGUGAGUAUCAUGCGCGGUCUGUGCGCGAAUAUACGGUCACGUAGAUUUGUCUCACGCGCAUAGACUUUUCACUCCGUCAACGAGAAACCGACACCUAGCCUUUGCACUUGAUCUUGGAACGAACAAGCUAACCAAGCCCCUACACUGACAAGAAUAGGCAUGUCGCGGCAACCUGAUAUGCGAGAAAGACAACAACGAGGCCCGUAUGGUCCAAACAACCCUCCACCGCCUCCCGUCGCACCCCCACCAGAAGCUUACGAGCACCAGCGGGCGGGAGGUCGAGGUCGUCCGAACCGAAAAGUACGACAGCGAAGUUAUGCAAAAGCUGAGGCAGAGUUUCGUGGAAUAGAGCAAGAGCGCAGGCGCAGUCGCUCGCCUGUCCACGAGCCAAAGCGUAUGCGAGGUCGUUCGCCUGCCCGCCCUCGAGACUUUUCUGGUGAGUCGCCGCGAUACCGAGAGCCAACCCCUAUGCGUCGCGAGUCCGUGAGCAUACCUUCUCAUAAGGACAACCGGAGAGAUGAUGGCAUACGGUGCUUUUGUUGCAAUGAGCCAGGUCACAAAGCCGCUGAUUGUAGCAUCGCUACACAUUUUGGCAAGAAGGCUUGCUUCCGGUGUGGAGAGACAGGACACAUCGCCCGUGCCUGUAAGGUACGCGUUGGCCAGGUCAAACCUGAGGUCGAACAUGCUGGCGAUGAGUCGAAUAGAGGGUUCAACGGAGAUUGCAACGAUGACCAGGGCGACGACGUGGGACAGUCUUCAUUACCCAAAGUUACUGCCGAUGGUCGUUUGUCCACCAACACCUGGAGUGACCAAGAACAGUUGAGUGUCUCGCCAUCGUGUGCUGGAUACUACGUUGAAGACGAGGUAGACUGGGGCGAAGAUGACGAUGAUGCUUUGACCAAGUCUGAAAAGCCAGACCAAUAUCAUAUCCACCCACAGCGCGAGGCCAUGGUCCAGGAGCCCUUCUUAGGUCUUCCGCAUUUCAAGAAUGCAGACGUCGAUGGAAUACCUGCAACAGUGCAAGACCUGCGCGGCUACGACCACCGCAUCAAAGUCAUGUAUGAACGCAAACCCAAGAACCAGCGUUUCAUCAAUGGUGGCAAUGGUAAGGUUGCACCAGCACUGUACGGAUCCGAGCAGCGACACGACCUAGGACUCUGCUUCGCUACCUUCCUCACGCGUAAGCGUUGCGAGAUGGGUGUCAAUUGUCCUUGGCGUCAUCAUCCACUGUCCAAUGCGGAGAAGGCCUGGAUCAUUGAGUAUGGCAAAAAGAAGGGCAAAGAGUUCAUCGACAACAAUGACAGGUGGUGGUCCUACCCUGAGGUACCGGUUCCAGGAGCCAAUAUGCAAGGCUUUGGCGACAAGGACACCUGA